AGCCCAAGGCCCAUGAAAACUUCAAACAAGCUUCACUAACAAUUGACCUGAUCCAGUGAUCCUCGGUGUCCAUUUUCAUCCCUUCAACCUCCUCAUCUUCAUCCUCUCCACUCCUUAACCCCUCUGUUCUUCAUCUCCAAAACCCUAAUCAAACAAGAUGAAGAUCUUUAUACAGACAGGCACUAGAGGAAUUUCCACUUACCAAUUCAAGAUGAACAUGGCAGUAACAUUAACUAAUACUCAUCAUUCAACUCUCUGUAUACCAUCGCUACUAAAACAAAGUCAAUUUCUAGGAGGAUUUAAUGUAUCCUCGUCAUUUCGUUCUUUAUCUUCUUCUUCCGCGAGAUCGAAACCAGUGGUUUAUGCAUUAGAAAUUGGUGGAGUGACUAUUGAUAAGGAUGAUGUGGUGAAGGAUGAUCCAACAAACAAUGUUCCUGAUUCGAUAUAUACAAAACUUGGUUUGCAACUACACAAGAGGGAUAAACACCCACUUGGGAUCUUGAAGAAUGCAAUUCACAGUUAUUUCGACACGAAUUACUCUGGGAAGUUUGUUAAAUUCGACGAUCUAUGCCCAAUAGUUUCUGCCAAAGAGAACUUCGAUGAUGUGUUGGUUCCCGCUGAUCAUGUAAGCAGGAGUUACAAUGAUACGUACUAUAUUGAUGCUCAAACUGUCUUGAGAUGUCAUACAAGUGCUCACCAGGCAGAGUUGUUGAGGAACGGUCACACUCAUUUCCUUGUAACUGGAGAUGUUUACCGUAGGGAUUCUAUUGACUCUACUCAUUACCCUGUUUUCCAUCAGAUGGAAGGGGUUCGUGUUUUCUCUCCCGAUGAGUGGGAAGCAUCUGGCAAAGAUGGCACGACUUAUGCAGCUGAGGACCUCAAAAAGUGCCUCGAGGGUUUGGCACGCCAUUUAUUUGGUGCAGUAGAAAUGCGCUGGGUGGAUACUUACUUUCCAUUUACGGAGCCAUCAUUUGAACUCGAGAUAUUUUUUCAGGAGAAAUGGUUGGAGGUUUUGGGUUGUGGGGUGACUGAGCAGGAGAUUUUAAAAAGAAGUGGUAACGUGGAUAAGGUUGCAUGGGCCUUUGGACUGGGGCUCGAACGGCUUGCAAUGGUUCUUUUUGAGAUACCUGACAUAAGGCUGUUCUGGACUUCUGACGAGCGGUUCACGUCACAGUUCUCAAAAGGGCAGCUUGGAGUCAAGUUCAAGCCUUUUUCAAAGUUUCCUCCUUGCUAUAAAGAUAUGAGUUUCUGGAUCAGUGACUCGUUCACUGAGAACAAUUUAUGCGAAAUUGUAAGAGCAGUUGCUGGGGAUCUGGCAGAGGAGGUUCAAUUGAUUGAUAAUUUCACAAACAAGAAAGGGAUGACAAGUCACUGUUAUAGAAUCGCAUACAGAUCUAUGGAACGUUCUCUGACAGACGAGGAAAUAAAUCAAUUGCAGUUCAACGUCAGAGAAGAGGUUGAGAGCAAAUUGAAGGUUGUUCUUAGAUGAUAAAUUUUCAGUAGAUAGAAAACACAACUCCUUUUUCUUCUCUUUUUUGGCUAUGUAAAAGUACACCCAUUAACAUGCCAUUAAUUUGAGGUAAUGAAUUCCUAAAAAAGAAAAAUCGAAAGUUUAGAUUAUUUUCUUUAUUUUUUCAAUGUAACAUUUUUCUAUUUGCAUAGAAAUUUCAUGUUUGUCUCUCAUGUAGAUUUCGAGUCUGUUAUUUAUCGUAUUCUAAAUCCGAGUUGUCUUUA